AUGGACUCUUAUAACCCUUCCAAGAGAUCCAGAGACGAUUACGAAGCUGACAAUGCUGGACUGAACCGUCAAGGGUCUGCAGGUGGCUUCGAGGAAAACAAAAGACAAACUGUUGACCCAACCACUGAACUUAUUGCAAACGUCUGUAAAGAUAUAAGAAGAAUUGGAGAAAAUUCAAACAUUGUGACUCAAGUUGAAGACAUAUCGUAUAUCUCUAAUCCCAUCGUGGCUGAAUUUGAAAAAAUUGAUAAAUUGAGAAUUGCUAUCUUGAAUACUUUGUAUUCAGUUGUUGUUGAACAACCGCAAAAAAUUACAUCAUUGAGUGUCUUGAUUUUAUUGUGUAACCCUAAGAAUUUCUUAGUUGCCAAGUAUGUGAUUGAGUUUUUCCAUUCCAAGGCACAGGGAUUGGUUGAACUUCUUGUAGAGAAGGAGGAUGAAACUGUCGAAGGUGGAGAUAAAGCAGCAGUUAAGCAAAUACAGAAACAACAAGAAGAGCAAGAAUUUGCUGGGAUCUUUAAUAACCUUAAGUCCAUCUUGAAGUUCUUGGCUUGUUUGUCACCAAUUAUUGAGAAUUUUGCUAUUAUAGAUAUUUUCAAGCAGUUCUUAACCUUAUCAAUUGAUCUUCAAAAGGCAGGUGUCGAAAAGGGGUGGAAGAGAAAUGGUUUGGCCGAAGAAAUCUACUACAACACUUUAAUUUCUCUUCCCUACUUGUUAAGCAACAAUUGGAGUGAUGAGAUGAGAGAGAAGUGUAACGAAUUGGUGUCAUUGGCAGGUGAAUUCCACAACGAGGGAACUAAGGAAGAGUUUUCCUUUACCCUUUUUGAACCAUUUUAUGAAAAGGGAUCCAAUUUCGCAAACGAUAUCCCAUAUCAACCUAAGAAUAUUAUCGGCUUGAUCUAUCCUGCCUUACUCGAAAUUCAGAAAAACAAUUGGGAAGACUUCAAGGGUAAAUUGUUUAUCAACUUUGAAGAGUUGAUAGAACCACUUAUUGCCAAGUCCCUUGAGAACAAUAAAUUAUCUCAAGAAUUGAUUAAGCAUCAAUUACCUCCAUUAUCUUUGCCAUCAGUUGAAAAUAUAUCCAUUAAGAAUAAGGGACUUAUCGAUAAUUUAUGGGCUAAAUACCCAAGGAUUUUAUUUCAGGUUUACAAUAUGACUACAGAAUUUGAAACUGUACCCUCCAUUGAAUCGUAUAUUGGACUUUUCUUCAAGGAUUUGAGUUUUGAUAUAUUGACAAACUUAUCAUUCAAUAAGAAUGAGACUUCGAUUCAAUUGUCUAUCUUGGAUCUCUAUUUCCUGGCCAACUUAUUUGCUCCACCAGGGUCGUCAAUUGACCAAUUAGACCAUGUCCACAGAGAUAACGUUUCUGGUGAAAACUCACCAGCAUUAUCAACUUGGAAAAUUGAAGAUAUCGCCAUUGAGAGUAUUUUGACUAUGAUUUUCCAAUUGCCAUUACCUUUGCAUGUGGAAGUGUACUAUUAUGGUGUAUUGAUAUCAUGUUGCAGAGAGCUGCCUGAAUCUAUUGCUCCUGUCUUCGGUAGAGCCAUUAGAUUCUUUUAUAACAACUUAGAAAUCUUAGAUUAUGAGUUGAAAAUUAGAUUUUUGGAUUGGAUGACUAUUCAAAUCUCCAAUUUCGAAUUUAGUUGGAAGUGGGAUGAAUGGGUUGAAGACUCAAAGAAUUUCAGGAAUUUGAAGUACCACCCAAAGAAAAACUUCAUUAAAAAUCUCAUUGCCAAGGAAAUAAGAUUGAGCAACAAGAAUAAAAUAAAAGAUACAUUUGUAACAGUGGAUCCAGAAAGUGGUAAUUUGGUUAAAUUAAGCGAGUUCUACAAGUACUUGUCAUUGUCCUUGGUGGAAAAUGAAGAAGAUUUCAUUUUGAAAUAUGAUCUAGACUUGUACGGUGGAGUAGAAGGUAAUUCAAAGGUCAAGGAAAUUUUCGAGAGCCUUUCCGCUCAAAGGAAGGAAAAGAAGGAAUUACAAUCUCAACUGGGAGCAUUGAUUGUUUCACCACAAGAGGAAUUGAUUUAUAAUUUUUCUCUCUCAACUGUUCCACUAAAUGAAAUUGCUAAUACUGUAUACGACUUUGUUGUCGCAAACUGGAAAUCGAACAGCGAUUUCCAAGAUUUGUGCAAUCUGGUUUUGUUAGCUGUCGACAAGUGGAAUGCAAAAUUGCAUAAGAAAGAAGUUGUCGAAGAAGAAACCACAGAAAAGGCUGCAGAACAGGAUGAAGAAGCAACGAAAGAUGAUGCUCCUCAACCUGAUACUGAAGCUGAAGUUAAUUCUACAGAGGAAGUGAAGAAAAUUGAGGAAUCUAAGGAAGAAGAAGAAAAAGAAGGAGAAGAAAUGGAUUUGGAUAGCAUUGACACUACCGGUUUCAUUAACAAAGAAAAAUAUCUUAUUAAUUUAAUAAUCCAAACGUAUGUAUACAUUGGAUCAAGAUCUAUUUAUUCGGCUGUUAGUGUAUUUUCUAGAGACAUAGUCAAGUUAAGAUACUUGGCAGGCUGGGAAUUAAAGGAAGAUGAAGCUUCAAAGGGUAACAAUAACUCAGGGUUUUCCUUCGAGCCACUAAACUUGUCUGAAGAACAAUUUAACCAAAGGCAAGAGUGGAUAAUAGAGAGUAUAUUCAGAGUUUGGAACCACCAGCCUCAAGUUGCAUUUUUAAUAUUAGAAUAUUUGAUUGAAUUUGAAAUAUUGAAAUCAAAUAAGUUAGUUGAAUAUGUAUUAAGCAUUGAUAGAAACUUGCUUAUAGAAAAUGUUUCUUGUAUGGAAUCUAUAAAUAGAAUUUUGAACAACGAAGAAUCUGAAAAUCAAGAUGCAAUCUUUGGCAAAAUGUUCGAAUUGAUUGUCAACAAUUUGAAUUUAAUUCUGGAAGAAACUUUGCAAAUUCCAGAUACUGAGGAGGUUCUCAUUAACAAGAAGAAGUUUGAAGAUUCUGAAAUUGAGGACUUGGAAUUUAUGAGUAAAAUUGAUAGUCAAUGGUUGUAUUAUGAAUAUUUGGGUUUAUUGAAAAGUUAUAUUAGAAAGUAUAGCGUAAAGCAUGAUAAGAGUAAAGAGAUUUUCGAAAAAAUAAAGAAUGAAAAUGUCAAACGAAAGGUGUUGAGUUGGUUAACGGAAAUCAAAAGUUUAGAAAAUGUAUAG